AUGUCGCGCUCGCCGACCCCUCAACCUCCAAAGACCACCGUUGAUCGACAAACCACCACGCCGUUCUUGUUGAAUUUCUGCUACCGAGCCUCCGCUUUCCACAGCCUGACCGACUUCCCCGUGCCGGCUCCCUCAAAUCCGCACCCUCAUCUACCUGCCCACUUGCAAAUCUACACUUGGAUGAGCUGUACCUUAAGAGAGCUUGCGCUUCUGUUGACGCAGGCGCUGCCGCAGAUCCUGCCGGACCCUGCUGUUGGAACGCGACUGAGCUUCCGACUAGUCUACCCCGAUGUCCAUGCCAGCCGCGGUGGUGGUGGAAGACUAGAAAGCGAGGGGCGAGGGAGGUACCUGAGCAGAGAGAUAGGGAGCGUCGUUGUGUCGGCGCCAGAGUACUCCAAUGGUGGUGGUGAUGGCGGUGGAGGCGGCGGCGGUGGCCGCGUUCAGCUGGAAGGAGAUGACGCGAGCAAGACACUCGAAGAUGCGCGGUUUGUCAUAGGAGACUUUAUCGAUUGCGCUGUGUUUCCUCCCUUGAGCGAUGGCUCCGUAGUUUCUCGAGGAAGCGUCAGUGGCAGGGGAGGUUCCAGAGAGAAUGGCUACGGGAGAGUACGAGGAGGCGGGUACGGUCUGAGCAGCAGGGGAAGCUUCAAUGGCUAUGGCUCAAGAGGCGACUUUGGCGGCUCAGGCAAUAUACCAAGCGGUGAGUGGAGGCGAGGAGAAAGACUUCCAGACUCUGGUGGCUACCGAGGUGGAAGAGGUGCCAGAAGAGGCUACUGA